AUGGGUGUUGAUAUUGAAACCAUGAAAGAAGGCAACGGCCAGUGCCCACCAGCAGGAUCCAGAGUCCAGGUCCACUACACUGGAACCUUGACUGACGGCAAGAAAUUUGACUCUUCCCGAGACCGAGGAAAGCCCUUCGAAUUCGUUCUCGGCCAAGGUCAGGUCAUCAAGGGAUGGGACGAAGGAGUCGCCCAGAUGAGCAUUGGCCAGCGUGCCAAGCUCACUUGCUCUCCAGACUAUGCCUACGGCAACCGAGGCUUCCCAGGCCUCAUUCCCGCCAACUCAACCCUCGUCUUCGACGUCGAGCUUCUCGGAUUCAAGUAA